AUGGCGGAGAGCCCCCUUAUUUGCAUGGUUUCCUUGGGUGAGAGAGCAGUGUUCUCGAGGGUAACUUGUGCAACCUCUUUUUUUGAGUUUAAGUUCGACGUGGCUGAGAGGUUGAAGGUUCCUUAUGAUGCGCUAUCAAUGGUUUAUAAAUCUGAAAGGAUCCCUGAUCUGAGUUUUGAGAUCGAGAAUGAGGAUGAUAUGGAGUGUAUGGUGGAGCACAACCGUAAUAUCGGGUGUCUGGAGAUCCAUAUUCGAGCUAAUAUAGAUGUAGAUGUUUCCAGAUGUGAGAACACCCCGAAGCAACCACCUGAAAGCAUUAUGAAUACACUGAAGCCAAAGUUUAUUGAUAGUACUUCUGCCGCAAACCAUGGUUCUGAAAGAAUUCCAAUUGAUAAUCCCAGUGGUAGCAGUGUAGUGCAUUUUGAUGACAUUAUUAACAACACAGUAAUGAUUCCUGGUUGGUGGCAUAAUGCAUUAACUGAAGAGGGUCAAGAAUUUGAAAGUGCUGAAGAAUUAAGGUUGGCGCUGACAUACUAUUCUCUGGCCAAAAUGUUUGAUUAUGAGUUUAAAAAGAACGAACCAAAACGUAUCCGUGUAUAUUGCCGAUAUAAAGAAACUUACGAGUGCCCAUGGAUGUUGUUUGCUUCACCUGUUAAGAAUGCAAAUAGACUAUCGAUCAAGAAGUUUGUUAAUGAACAUACUUGUGGGCAGUACGGGCAAAAUACAGGUCGUUCAAGGGCAUCCCGUAAAUUCAUUGCAACACAGUUACAACCACUCCUGAAGGUCCGUCCAGAAAUCCGACCCGUUGAUGUGCAAAAGGAGUUCCUCACAAACUACGGCCUUAGAAUUGAUUACAGUAAGAUAUGGUGGGGGAAAGAGAGAGCACAGGAGAAGCUUUACGGGGAUAUAUAUGAGUCGUAUGAUCAACUACGAUGGUAA